AGCUGCACAAGCCGGUUGCUGCGCUACGGUCUGCGAGAGAGAGAGGAGGAGGGGUGAAGGAAAAAGCUGCGGCUCGGUCGCUCUUUGUUUCUGCCUGGGAGGAAAACCGAGAGACGUCGGAACCGGCGAAGGCUGAAACUUGUCCGCUCACCGCUUGUGUGUUCCUGCUGCUAUUUGCUGCUGGCAAAGAUUCCUAGAUUUCCCUGAGAGAUGUCCACUCCUGACCCCCCCAUGGGAGGGACACCUCGUCCUGGACCCUCCCCAGGCCCAGGGCCAUCUCCUAGCGGCAUGAUGGGUCCAAGUCCAGGUCCCUCACCGGGCUCAGCCCACAGCAUGAUGGGACCCAGCCCAGGACCUCCAGGCUCUGGACACCCCCACCCUCCACAGGGACCAUCAGGAUAUCCUCAGGACAACAUGCACCAGAUGCACAAACCCAUGGAAGCCAUGCAUGAGAAGGGAAUGCCUGACGACCCGCGCUAUGGCCAGAUGAAGGGCAUGGCUAUGAGACCAGGGGGGCACAGCGGGAUGGGACCCCCUCCAAGCCCGAUGGACCAGCAUUCCCAAGGUUACCCCUCGCCCCUGGGAGGCUCAGAGCACGCUCCCAGCCCCGUCCCAGCCAACGGACCUCCCUCUGGGCCCAUGAUGCCUGGAGGUCCCCCUGGGCCUGGUGCUGGCCCUAUGGAAGGCAGCGGCGACCCCAGUCAAGGCAUGGGGCAGCCUAACCGUGGAGGUCCUCCUGGGCCAGGUGGACCGGGUGGGGCAGGAGGUGGACCAGGAGGCCCAGGUGGACCAACUCCUUUUAACCAGAAUCAACUGCACCAACUCCGGGCUCAGAUUAUGGCAUAUAAGAUGCUGGCGCGCAGUCAGCCCCUCCCUGAGCACCUGCAGAUGGCUGUGCAGGGGAAGAGGCCCAUGCCAGGGAUGCAGCAACCACCAAUGCCCAACAUGCCCCCAUCCACAGGACCUGGAGCCGGGCCUGGGCCAGGACCAGCACAGGCCAACUACAGCAGACCACAUGGCAUGGUUGGCCCCAAUAUGGCUCCUCCCGGACCUACCGGAGUCCCCCCAGGCAUACAGGGCCAGCCUACCAAUGGACCCCCCAAGUCAUGGCCUGAAGGACCAAUGGUGAAUGCUGCAGCUCCCUCCAACCCUCCUCAGAAGCUGAUUCCCCCACAGCCCACAGGCAGACCCUCCCCUGCUCCUCCCGCUGUGCCCCCAGCCGCUUCCCCGGUGAUGCCGCCUCAGACGCAGUCCCCAGGGCAGCCCGCCCAGCCCCCUCCCAUGAUGCUCCACCAGAAGCAGAACCGCAUAACUCCCAUCCAAAAACCGCGUGGGCUGGACCCAGUGGAGAUCCUUCAGGAGAGAGAAUACAGGCUGCAGGCCCGUAUUGCUCAUCGCAUCCAGGAACUGGAGAACCUGCCUGGCUCUCUAGCCGGAGACCUGCGCACGAAGGCCACCAUCGAGCUAAAGGCCCUGAGGCUGCUGAACUUCCAGAGACAGCUGCGUCAGGAGGUGGUGGUCUGCAUGCGUCGGGACACUGCUUUGGAAACCGCCCUCAACGCUAAAGCCUACAAGCGCAGCAAGCGCCAGUCGCUGCGUGAAGCUCGCAUCACGGAGAAGCUGGAGAAGCAGCAGAAGAUCGAACAGGAGCGCAAACGUCGUCAGAAGCACCAGGAAUACCUCAACAGCAUCCUGCAGCACGCCAAGGACUUCAAGGAGUAUCACCGCUCCAUCACAGCCAAGAUCCAGAAGGCCACCAAAGCUGUGGCCACGUAUCACGCCAACACGGAGCGUGAGCAGAAGAAGGAGAACGAGCGCAUUGAAAAAGAGAGAAUGCGGAGGCUGAUGGCUGAGGAUGAAGAAGGCUAUCGUAAACUUAUCGACCAGAAGAAGGACAAGCGUCUGGCCUACCUGCUCCAGCAGACGGACGAGUACGUGGCCAACCUCACUGAGCUGGUCCGUGCUCACAAAGCUGCACAAGCUCUCAAAGAGAAGAAGAAGAAGAAGAAAAAGAAGAAGCCGGAGCCGGCAGAAGGUGGCGCUGCUGCGCUGGGCCCUGACGGGGAGCCUUUAGAUGAGACCAGUCAGAUGAGUGACCUGCCGGUGAAGGUCAUCCACGUUGACAGCGGGAAGAUCCUGACUGGAGUUGAUGCACCUAAAGCCGGUCAGCUGGAGGCCUGGCUGGAGAUGAACCCAGGGUAUGAAGUCGCUCCGCGGUCAGACAGUGAAGACAGUGGUUCAGAAGAUGAUGAAGAGGAGGAGGAUGUAGACGAGGAGCCUCAUCCCACAGCUUCAGAGGAGAAGAAGAAGAUUCCAGACCCUGACAGCGAAGACGUGUCUGAGGUGGACGUCAGGCACAUCAUUGAACACGCCAAGCAGGAUGUGGACGACGAGUACGGCAACGCAGCCUUCAACCGAGGCCUUCAGUCCUACUACGCCGUGGCUCACGCCGUCACUGAGAAGGUGGAUAAGCAGUCGACGCUGCUGGUCAACGGGCAGCUGAAGCAGUACCAGAUCAAAGGACUGGAGUGGCUGGUGUCGCUCUACAACAACAACCUGAACGGCAUCCUGGCCGACGAGAUGGGUCUGGGAAAGACCAUCCAGACCAUCGCCCUCAUCACUUACCUCAUGGAGUACAAGCGCCUCAACGGGCCCUUCCUUAUCAUCGUACCUCUGUCAACGCUGUCAAACUGGGUCUAUGAGUUUGAUAAGUGGGCGCCGUCUGUCGUGAAGGUCUCCUACAAGGGGUCUCCGGCUGCUCGCCGCUCCUUCGUUCCCAUCCUGCGCAGCGGCAAGUUCAACGUGCUGCUCACCACGUACGAGUACAUCAUCAAGGACAAACACAUCCUGGCUAAACUCCGAUGGAAGUACAUGAUUGUGGACGAGGGCCACCGUAUGAAGAACCACCACUGUAAGCUGACCCAGGUGCUGAACACGCACUACUUGGCACCGCGGCGCCUGCUGCUCACAGGGACUCCGCUGCAGAAUAAACUGCCCGAGCUGUGGGCUCUGCUCAACUUCCUACUGCCCACCAUAUUCAAGAGCUGCAGCACCUUCGAGCAGUGGUUCAACGCCCCGUUUGCCAUGACGGGAGAGAAGGUCGACCUGAACGAGGAAGAAACCAUCCUGAUCAUCAGACGUCUGCACAAAGUGCUGCGACCGUUCCUGCUGCGCCGGCUCAAGAAGGAGGUUGAAGCGCAGCUGCCGGAGAAGGUGGAGUAUGUGAUAAAGUGCGACAUGUCGGCUUUACAGCGGGUCUUAUACAGACACAUGCAGGCGAAGGGAGUCCUGCUCACAGACGGCUCCGAGAAGGACAAGAAGGGUAAAGGAGGCACGAAGACCCUGAUGAACACCAUCAUGCAGCUGAGGAAGAUUUGCAACCACCCGUACAUGUUCCAGCACAUUGAGGAGUCCUUCUCAGAGCAUCUGGGUUAUUCUGGUGGAAUAGUGACGGGGCCUGAUCUGUAUCGAGCGUCAGGGAAGUUCGAGCUGCUGGAUCGUAUCUUGCCCAAACUCAGGGCCACCAAGCACAAAGUGCUGCUCUUCUGUCAGAUGACUUCACUCAUGACCAUCAUGGAGGAUUACUUUGCUUACCGCAACUUCAAGUACCUGCGUCUGGACGGAACGACCAAGGCCGAGGACCGUGGCAUGCUGCUGAAGACCUUCAAUGACCCAGCCUCCGAGUACUUUGUGUUCCUGCUCAGCACCAGGGCUGGAGGCCUGGGCCUCAACCUGCAGUCUGCUGACACCGUCAUCAUCUUUGACAGUGACUGGAACCCGCACCAGGACCUGCAGGCCCAGGACCGAGCCCACCGCAUCGGCCAGCAGAACGAGGUGCGCGUGCUGCGGCUCUGCACCGUCAACAGCGUGGAAGAGAAGAUUCUGGCUGCAGCCAAGUACAAGCUGAACGUGGACCAGAAGGUCAUCCAGGCCGGCAUGUUCGACCAGAAGUCCUCAGGCUAUGAGCGCCGCGCCUUCUUACAGGCCAUUCUGGAGCACGAGGAGCAGGACGAGGUCGGGGCUCGAGGAGGCUGCCGCACUAGGGGGGCGUGGGAGGAAGAUGAGGUGCCUGACGACGAGACUGUGAAUCAGAUGAUCGCAAGAAGUGAGGAGGAGUUUGAGCAGUUCAUGCGCAUGGAUCUGGACCGGCGCCGCGAGGAGGCCCGCAACCCUAAAAGGAAACCCCGUCUGAUGGAGGAGGACGAUAUGCCCGCCUGGAUUUUGAAAGACGACGCCGAGGUGGAGCGUCUGACCUGCGAAGAGGAGGAGGAGAAGAUGUUCGGCAGAGGCUCGCGUCAGCGGAAGGAGGUGGACUACAGCGACUCGCUCACGGAGAAACAGUGGCUGAAGGCCAUAGAGGAGGGAAACCUAGAGGACAUCGAAGAGGAAGUCCGGCACAAAAAGACCACCAGGAAGCGCAAGCGAGAGCGCGACCACGACAGCGGCGCGGCUCUGCCGAGCUCCAGCGGCGGCCGCGGGCGGGACAAAGACGAGGAGGUGAAGAAGGCCAAGAAACGCGGGCGUCCGCCAGCGGAGAAGCUGUCUCCCAACCCGCCCUCCCUCACCAAGAAGAUGAAGAAGAUCGUCGACGCCGUCAUCAAAUACAAGGACACGAACGGGCGACAGCUGAGCGAAGUGUUCAUCCAGCUUCCUUCCCGGAAGGAGCUGCCCGAGUACUACGAGCUGAUCCGCAAACCCGUGGACUUCAGAAAGAUCAAGGAGAGGAUCCGCAACCAUAAGUACCGCAGCCUGAACGACCUGGAGAAGGACGUGAUGCUGCUCUGUCAGAACGCUCAGACCUUCAACCUGGAGGGUUCUCUGAUCUACGAGGACUCCAUCGUGCUGCAGUCGGUCUUCACCAGCGUGAGACAGAAAAUCGAAAAGGACGACGAGAGCGAAGGGGAGGAGAGCGAGGAGGAGGAGGAGGAGGCGGACGAAGGCUCUGAGUCUGAAUCUCGUUCAGUGAAAGUAAAGAUUAAGCUGAGCCGGAAGGAGAAGGGCGACAGAGGAGGAAAGGGCCAACGCUGGAGGGGCCGCGGCUCCCGGGCCAAACCUGUGGUUAGCGACGACGACAGCGAGGAGGAGCAGGAGGAGGAGCGCUCGGCCAGCGGCAGCGAGGACGACUGAGGCUCCUCCUGACGGGACCAAGCAACCGCUGAGCCUAGUUUUACCUAGAUGAGCUGAUUUUUAGUCGGACUGUUAUAAUCUCAUUCAUUCAUUCAUUCAUUCAUU